AUGGAGAGCGUACUUAGAUUUUAUAGUCUUAAUGAUUCAAUUAAUUAAUUAAAACAAUAAUCCUGUCAUAGAAGCUUUCCUCAAUUAUAUAUUAGCGAAAAUAAAUUGACUUAAAUAAUUUCGCAACAGUAUGAUAACCCUAUACAAUAUAAGCCGAUGCCUUUCGAGAUUGUAUCAUUAAGUGAAAUAAAUGAUCAAAAAGAAGAAUCAUCAAUCAUAUAAAAAGAAUAGACUUUAAUAUUAAAAAAUGAAUUGCAAACUCCAUAAGAAUUAAAUUUAUAAUUAAAAGCUAGAAAAUGCAUGAAUCUCUUAGAAGGGUAAAAUAAGCAUGAAAAGGAACAAUAAAUAAUGAGUAUAUUAGAAAUAAUAAAAUCAAUAUUAAAUGGAAAAAAAGAACGGACAAAUUAAAGGUUAAAGAAAAAAAAACUAAUAUAAACAAAUAAAUCUCCUUAAUAAGCAAUAUAAUUUCUAAAAUCCUUAUGUAAAAAUAAAAUCAUAUGUUGA